UGCCUGAAUCAGUCUUGUUUUCAUGGAAUUAACUUUUGUUGGAACAUCAUCUCGCUUCAACACGGUGGGAAUAACAUGACUGGAGUGGGAGGUUGAAUGACGAUGUUGUGGUGAGUGGCUAGUCCGUCACACUGAGCCUGCGUUGCCAUGGACGCCUGUACCCGUAUCCGAGGAGUUCCUCUCAGGACCAGAGCCUCCAGGAAAGAGGCGGUGCGUGAUGGCGGGACUCCGUGUAUGAAGAGCCUUCUGAGCAGCAGAAAGGAGCUGUGCAGCGUGGGAUUGGAGCUGCAGACCAGAGACACUCCAGGCCUGACUGAGAUCCAUUUUGUGUGUUUGCCUGGCCACUCUGAAGAGGAGGAUCUAACUCUACAGGCCCUUUCUUCUCUCCCGGGGGACCUGGCGGAGCUGCUGAGGUCUCUCCACGUCACCAGCCUGAGAAACGAAGAGGUGCUGCUACUGAAGGACAGCAGGAGAUCAGCCGACAGGAGGGACUCUUCUACUCAGCAGCAGUGCUGGCUGAAGGCGGUGUGUGUUCUGAGACCCAGCCCCAGCCAGGCCAUUGUUGGUGUGUUGGUGGGCCUUCUGGGGCGUUACGCUGCGGGGGUCCGCUAUGCCUUGGAGCUCCAGGCCCUCCACAAGGGCACGGCUGAGUCCUGCCAGCCCGAGGACGAUAACACCAACCAGUCUGUGUCGUCCAUCGAAGACGACUUUGUCACCGCUCUGGAACACCUGGAGGAGGAAGACGACAACUCCAAUGGCUCUUAUCUCCAUGGAAACCAGCGUGAUGUGGCCUCCCAGACUGUCCCCGCCCACAAGAGAAGCAAGGAUCUAUCAGGUUCCAGGAUCAUAAUCAGCUCUGCCCCCAGGAAGUCCUUAACUAAUCGCAGGUCUCCCCCAGAGGUGUCCAUUACCGUACAGCACUCCAGAGGAGCAGAGUCCCAGUGGACCCUCUACAGCCCAAGAGCCCAGCUUCCCUCCCCCACACGACCUGUCAGCGAAUCAGAGGAAUCGGAUGGCUCAAGCCCUAGUCCAAUCAUCUUUCUAGAUGAGGUUGGUUACCAGAAGAGUCUCAAAGCGACGCUGGACAUCCCUCAGAUCCCCGGGGGACCAACAGACAGGGUGGAGGACUCUGACUCUGAGGUCAGCGAGUUCUUCGACAGCUUUGACCAGUUUGAUGAUCUAGACGAACUGAGCUCAGAGAGCUGUACACUCACUCUGCCUCUAGACCCGACAUCUUCCAUUUCUCCCACUGGCCUAGACCAGAAGAGGAAGUACUCUGAGGCUAGUACUGGCAAGUCGGGGUCCAAGAAAGUGUCCCGAAGCUGUUCCACUAUGAACCCCCAUCGGUUCGACCAGCGCACCCUACCGGCCAAUGUGAAGAAACCCACCCCGCUCAGAAGCCCCCUUCCCCCUGGCUCUCCCUUCGGAUCCCCUGACUCCCCCCGGCCGGCCCGGACCUCCUGUGAGGAGAGUGGAGGUCUUCUCUUCAGCCCUGUCAGCUCCUCAGCCUUCAGCCCUUUGGGAGACGGAGGAGCUCUGGAUUUCUUCUGGAAGACCGAGGGAGAGGUAGGAGACGUGUCAGAGCUACGGAAACCCAAGGACCUUUGUACCCUCUACAAAACCUACUCAGACUUUGCCAGCAGUUUGUCCAAGGAGAUCCUGGGCUCUGUGUGUGGAUAUCAGUCUCCCGUGGACCUCAACGACAACAAGAACCUGAGCUGUGUCUGUCACAAGGAGUUCCAGAACCAGUCUGGACACAUCAUGAAGCUGUCUGAGAUCCAGGAGACGGUGACUGUCUCCAAGCUGCAGCAGAAGCCCCAGUCUCUGAAGGACGGCAUCCAGAGGUUCGCUACAGACUUGGUAGAGAUGAGUCUGGGCAGCGCUCUGAGAGACCUGCAGAAGGGAAUGUCCUCCUGCACCACCACACUCUGCCACCUGGCCGCCAGACUCACCUCGUCUGUCUUCCAGAUGGCCUUCCAGGAAAUCGGCAUGCGCCACGCCUACGUCCUGAAGGAACGGGCCAUCAACGGACUGGCUGGGUUCCUGGUGGGAGAGGCGGUGUCAGGGGCUCUGAAAGACUUCCUGAUGGUGAAGAAGCAGAUGUUCAACAGCACGGUGACGCAGUUUGCCGCUGACCUGGCAGAGGAGCUGGUGUUUGAGGGGAUGAUGGAAGUGUGUCAGUUCUCCCAUCCCUCCACCCCCCUCACCCCCAGCGAUUGGUCCUUCGGGGUGGGGGAGGACGACGAUGAGGAAGUGGUGUCUUCCUAUGCCUCGGACCUCUCAGAGUCUGUCCUCCAGGAGGCCUUCAUAGAACUGUCCCAGGCUGAUGUUGCCUUCAGUACUCAGGCAGCCAUCAGUGUCUCUGUGAACAACAUCUGCUACGUCAGUGCUGUCGACACACACACCCCCUGCAGUACCGCCGCAGGCCACCAGGCUUUCCACGUUAACCCAGCCAAGGAAGGCCAAGGUCAUACAGACGAAGAUGGCUGUACGGUGAAGAAGGCGCUGUUCUGUGUGUCUGGAAUGGCCAGCUGUGUACCGGUUCCCCAGGCAGGCCAGGCCAUCUCCCACCUCCACGACUCAGAGGAGAUCUGCCAGUGUAAGACCAGCCUGGCUCAGACCAGCCCCAAGAGGAGCUGCAGCUCAGAGAACAGAGUGGUAACCACAACCUCCUCUGAUGCUACUGCUGCCACACAAACUGACCUGCUGUCAAAGACCCGCUUCUCUGGCAACAUGGUGGAUAUGAUAGUGAGUGAAGCAUGUGAACUGAUGACUGCCACGAAGAUGAAGAAGAAGGUGGAGGACUGUGCUGACUUCCUUUCUAAGACCAUAGUGGGUCGUGGACCUCCAUCCGGACAGGAGGGUAGUGUCACUGACCAGACCUCCCUCUACUCUCUCCACCCUCACUUUCAGACCCCAGGAGGAGUGAACUCUGAGUCAGGCUCCAAGACCAGCAGAGCAGUUGCUGAGACCCUGCCUGUAAUGAACACUCUAGAGGUGCCAGGUUUGGAGAUUGGAGGCUGGGGAGGCAGGAAGAUGACCACCUGCGAAGAGAUGGUUCCCAGUCCUGGUCACAAGUCCAACAGGACCCCUGGGACACCCCCCUCGACCCCCCAGCAGCCCAGCGAGGUGUCCCAGGAGAAACAGAUCAAGCAGUUCUCCAAGAAGCUAAAAGAGAAGCUGGCCAAGGAGUUCUCCACCGCCACCCCUCCUCCCACGCCACACUACCAGCCAGGGCCCGAACCCAAAGAAUCCACCUCUGAGACAGACAAGGCUGACUUCAUGCUCAAACUGAUGAGGUCUCUGUCUGAGGAGGCAGACGGGAACGAGGAGGAGGAGGAGGAGGAGGAGGAAGAAGAGGGUGGAGUAGAAGGGGUUAACUCUGUAACUGAGACAGGAAGCCGCAUGCAGCCAGAGCUCAACUUCUUGGAUGGAGGACACAAGAUGGCCGACAAGGGAGCCCUCCAUUACGCAGAGCGCCUGGCGUGCCACAUCGUCUCCAUGGCGACAGAGAUAGACACCCUGGGAGGAGUGGAGGAUGGAGGUAGAAGGACGGUGGAGGGCAGGGAGGAGAGGAGAGACAGCAUGGCCCAGUUCUCAGCGCAGACCCUGAACACACUGUGGAUAUACGCUGGCGAGGUGGCGGGAGAGGUGAUCAGCGACGUGAAGAGGAUAAUGUGGUCAGGACAGUGUCGCCACAGUGCGCUCACACAAGGCAGCCAGGAGCAGUCGGGGGAAUGCCCUCACCACCACCAACCCCAGCCCAGUGAACACAGCAGGGACUGCAGGGUGGGUCGUCUUGCUGAACUGUGGUCCAGUGACCUCCUCUCGUCUGUCCUCCACCCAUCCACCUCUACGCCCAGCUCUGGCCUAUCCUCUGACUACCCCAGCUGUGAGAGUGUGACAGAUGAGUACGCUGGCUACCUCAUCAGGGUGCUAAAGAAAGAGGGAGGCAGCAGGGAGCUGGUCCUGGAUCAGUAUGCCAGCCGUCUGGCCUACCGCUCCAUCAAACUGGGCCUGGCCCAUGCUGCCCGCAACAUGAAGAAGAGACGCUCCAGGCACCACUCCUCCAGGAGGCUCCAGCAGAAUGGCUGCAGGGGACCCAAUGCCGAGCCAUUCGUACCCAGGGAUGAAGCAGGGAGAGUGGGAUCUCCUUCCAGAGACGUUGAUGAUGGGAGCCAGAGGGAGUACAUGGAGCUGGUGAACUUCGCAGAGUCGUUGGCGUGCAACAUCACCUGUGACGUCACACGCAAGCUCUGUGUGCCGUCAGUCCGACUACCCAAGUCCCGGACUGACUCUUGUCUGUAUAAGAAGUCCAAGCUGGAGGACAUGGCAGAGCACCUGAUCAGGAACUCCUUCUCAUGCCCUCUGCUGUACAAGGAGGGGAAUAGCAGGCAGUACCAUAGCACAGGCAGCCUGUACGACGGUGGCUACAGCAGUGGAGUCAUGGAGGUCCUGGAACACUAUGCCAGGAACAUAGUGGACGACACGUUGGAGAUGGGCCUGGCCUCGGCAGGAAACCCAGCCAUGCAGGGUUCAUACAGACACCUCCACUCUGAGAGGCGAGCAGUGGGCUCUGCACUAGGGGAAACAACCUGCCCAUACUGCCAGGUCAGGGAGUGUCUGUUCUGCUCACGGCCCAACAGGCAGCACCUCCUCGGGGGAGGAGCAGGCCAGAGGAGGAGGCUGGAAGGGGAUGUGGGGGUGUGCGGCCUGGAGAUCCCUGAGAUCCACAUCAAUCUGGACCGCAGGGCCGUGUUCGCAGAGGAGAUGGUCACUACGGCGAUGGAGGGGGCCAGGCGCGAGCUGAGCAACACCAGCCUGAACGCCGACAGUGGGAUCGGACACGACGGGUACAGCUUCGCCGAGAGCCUGACCGCCGAGAUCAUGACAUCAGCACUAUCCAACACACGCCAGACCACCAACCUCAGUUUCCCAGGCAGGGAGGCCACAGAGUCCUCUGUGUCCCAGCAGCUCAGUCUGAGUGUGGGAGAUGACAGCCUGGGCAGCUGGUCCCGCCUCAGCUUCGAGGACGAACACCCUGACGAGACCAGCAGCUUCCUGCACCUCAGCGACAGCAAUGGGAACAGCAGUAGUUGGAGCAGCCUGGGGUUAGAGGGAGAGGUGUAUGAAGACCGCCUGUCCUUCUCUCCCUCUGACAGUGAAGGCACUGAGGACAAGGAGCUCGAGACCAAGGAUGAAUCAUGCGGUUCAGUGCGUGUGGGCCAGGCUCAGGCUUACAGGCACUUCCUGGUGGUAAAUUCUGAGCUCAGGGAGAUGACUCCUGGCCCACAGCACAUGACCUUUGACCCCCAGCUCAGGAGCAUGCUGCAGUGGGCGGCGGCCUCCAUGGCUGACCUGCCCAUGGUUCAGCUGAGUCCUAGUGGCAGCAGUGAGCUGCAGCAGCUGCCUGCGGUGGUCCAGAGGCUGAAGGAGUGGAAGGUCGGAGAGCUGCUCCAAGCCCUGCUGCGUUACUGUGAGGAGACCCAAACACACACCCCACCACAGUCUGAACCCAGAGAGGCGGGGAGAGCAUCCCACCACACUCCCCUCUUCCAGUGGCUCCUGGAGCACGCUUAGGCUCACUGCACCUCUCCUACCUCCCCUCCCUCCUUACCUCUCCCCAACACUACUUACUGUACAGUAUAUCUGUCAAGCCUGCUACAUAGUCAGCACUACCUGUUAAACUAAACCCUAUGAAGAUUAACAUCACUUCUCAGUGAUGUGCAGCGUACCUGCCAAACCCCGAACCCCCAAUCUAGCCUCCUCGUACCGUGGAUCCUGUCCCUUAUAGGGCUGUACCCCCAUCAUUACCCAGAGGGCGCUAUUAAAAACAGCAAUUCUUAUUAUUGUGUGUGGGCAUAUUGCAUACCGUAACUGAAAGCAAUUGUGUAUUUUCUUCUCUCUUCUCUGGUUUUGUUGUGGUUGUUUUUAAAGGGAUUCUUCUGGAUUUUCUAUUCCCUCAGUCAGAUGAACAUCCGGAUAGCGUUGGCGCAAUGACUGGGAGUCUAUGGUAUCUACUAGCAUGCCAGCAGUUACCCAUAGACAUCCACUCAUUGCACUAGUUAGCAUCUUUCAAACUGCACGCAGAGGCAUAUCUGGUAUCCAUUGGUUUAUAUGACUCUUCAUUGCCAAAAUCCCAAAGUAUCCCUUUAAUAUUGGUCUGUAUAUCACAGGUUGAUUAGUGUGCUGUCGUUGACUACUGGCUUUGUUAAAGCGUUCCUACCCUGGUGCUACAGAGUAACUUCAACCUCUGUUACAGACAGUAACCUUCUGUUACAGGGGAGGGCGAGAGAGUAGCUUUAACCUCUGUUACAGGGGAGGGCGAGAGAGUAACAUUAACCUCUGUUACAGGGGGAGAGCGAGAGAGUAACCUUAACCUCUGUUACAGGGGGAGAGCGAGAGAGUAACCUUUGUUACAGGGGGAGAGCGAGAGAGUAACCUUUGUUACAGGGGGAGAGCGAGAGAGUAACCUUUGUUACAGGGGGAGAGCGAGAGAGUAACCUUUGUUACAGGGGGAGAGCGAGAGAGUAACCUUUGUUACAGGGGGAGAGCGAGAGAGUAACCUUUGUUACAGGGGGAGAGCGAGAGAGUAACCUUUGUUACAGGGGGAGAGCGAGAGAGUAACCUUUGUUACAGGGGGAGAGCGAGAGAGUAACCUUAACCUCUGUUACACAGAAAAAGGGGAAUAUGACAGACGUACGGAGACAGGGGGGGGACCUGAACCGUGUUAGAUCGAGGGGUAGAGAAAUGUCAGUGAAAGGGAGAGGAGGGAAAAAGAGAUGAAUGUGUUUUCUGUUAGGGAAUCCCCAUAGCUGCAGGCCAGAUGAUGUCAUCACCUUAGCUCUCCUCUGUGGUGGUGUUUCCACAUGAUUAGGGACCAACGACACACACAUGAAUACACUCACAUGAAUACACUCGCACGAAUACAAGUGCAUGUUGAUUUUAACCCCCUUCACGAUGAGUAUAACUGAGUUUAAGAGCACAUGUCCUUUGAGAAGAUAAUUGUUUACAACAUAUGAGUGGUUUCAAUAUAAUGGGUCACAUUACAUGAUAUAAUAUCUAUGUGUCUACUAUGCUAUAAGUGUAAAACACACAAUGAACCUAGCAGCAGAUUUGUUUUUAUCAAACAUUUUAUUUCUAAAGGAUGUUACUAAGAUUUAUGAUUUGAAGUGAAAUAUGAGAAACUGCUCUAUUAUAUGAAGGAAGUCUUGAUUAUCAGUCAGCUGUAUGUUGCCAUUAGCUACAGUAGAGACUUCCUACUAUAGCGUGCUUUAUCCAUGUGAUGCACUGGUUAUCUAGAAGGGCCUUGUCCACUGCUGGGAACAUCCUAUGACACACACAGUACAUGUCCUAAUUAAAGACAUGUUCUCAGUCUGCAUCUCUCAACCACAACUGAUCGGUUUAUAGCUCAGUGCACACACACAGCUUAGGGAAUCUGACCCCCGCAGCUUCCCUCUCUUACCCCCAACACAAACACACACACAUCCUGCACUACUCCUGCUAUGAAUGCACUUUUAGGGAGGUGAGGAUGGGCAUUUCCACUCUGGUUGCCCCAGGCUUCUGCCUCCUUAUAGAUGAUACCACAAUGUGAUGACACUUCUGAGUGAGUGGCCCCAUAUCCUGUUAAGGUUAACCUUAGUCACACACAGUCAGUCAACCACAGUAGCCAACACACACACAGACCCUAAAGGAAUCUCUGGCGUUGUGACACGCUGUUAUGAUGAUUUGUAUUAAGGGAAUUUCAGACAAUGUGAAAUUAUGGGGAUAUUGACCAUGCUGUGGCAUCUCUACGCUGUAUUAUAAACUGGGUGGUUCAAGCCCUGAAUGCUGAUUGGCUGACAGUCCGUAUACCCGGGUAUGACAAAGCAUUUGUUUUUACUGUUCUAAUUACGUUGUCAACCAGUUUAUAAUAGUAAUAAGGCACCUUCGGGGGUUUGUUGUUUAUGGCCAAUAUACCACAGCUAAGGGCUGUAUCCAAGCACUCUGCGUUGUGUUGUGCCUAAGAACAGCCCUUAGCCGUGGUAUAUUGGCCAUAUACCACACCUCUUACCCUUAUUGCUUAAAUAUACCAUGGCCUGCAUGCCCACAUUGAACAGUUCAUGGCUGUUCUGCUGCUGCCGUCACUGUAACAACCGAACAGAUUCUAGUUCAUUAACCCUUUGAGGAGGGAGAUCUUAGAACACUCUCGGUAUUAUAUUAUGACAUUUCAAUGACUGCAUUAGCAGGCCUUUGUGCUGUGAUCAAUUACAACCAGCAUGCCUGUACCCCUGAAAUGGUUCAUUUCUAUAUUUCUGCACUGUACUAUAGCUACAUCAUCAGCAGUCGUUCUGUGUUUAGUAGCAGGCAUGGCCUGAUCCUCAUGCUCUUCAUCACUUGAAUAUUAUUAUAUUGACAUGCCUGUCCUUGAACGAGCCCCAAUGACACUUCAGCUGUACAUAUCCCCAGUUAAAACUCCCUGACAGCAUACAGUAUAGACUCCCCGUUGUCAAACUCCCUGACUGCAUACACUAUAGACUCCCCGUUGUCAAACUCCCUGACAGCAUACACUAUAGACUCCCCGUUGUCAAACUCCCUGACAGCAUACAGUAUAGAAUCCACGUUGUCAAACUCCCUGACAGUAUACAGUAUAGACUCCCCGUUGUCAAACUCCCUGACAGCAUACAGUAUAGAAUCCACGUUGUCAAACUCCCUGACAGUAUACAGUAUAG